AUGGCAAAAUUAAAAGCUAGUGUCCAUAAGCACAUUGACAUUGGACAGUUGCCUAGAUAUACAAGAUCUUUCCGUGUAUAUUUAAACAGCGAUAUAACAGAAUAUAUGGAACCCAUUAACAUUUGGAGUUAUAACUUAAGUGUUAUUAAAAAACAAAAAGAGGAAGAAGAAAAAAUAUUUCAAAAAUGCCUUACUUUUACUGAACUUUGUAAUGUUAUUAAUGAUACUAAAAAUGAUAUUAUUUUGAAGAAUUUGAAUAUGUUGUAUGGAAUAGCACAAGAACUUUCAAAAGAUGAACAACCAGAAAUAUUAAGUUCAUCAGUGUUAUUUUUCUUCAAAUUAUUUAUUGGUGUUUCUGGACUAUUAAUGAAACAUAUUUUAGAACUUAAAAGUAUGUUUGGAAAAGUAUCAAAUAAUAAUGCAGAUCAAAUAUACAAGUUGGUUAAAGAGGUAGAACAGUUAAUGAACGAUAAAAGUUUGAAAAAAUUAAAAAUACUUUGGGAGAAACUUGACGAUCAUAAAGCUGAUAAUGAAGAAAAUCAAAACAAAGAUCAGAAUUCAUUAGUCAAUGGUGCAUUACGUUAUAAACCUAACUCCAAAUGGCUACCUCCACAUUUUGCUAAAUUACCUGUUCAGGACUAUAGUUCAAAGACAUCUAAGUUAUUUUCCAUGGCUUAUAGUGAAGAAGAAAGAAUAAAUAAUAGUUCUCCAAAUUUUGGUAGAACUUGGUUAUUGAAACAGAUUACUAAGACCUCAUCAAUAGAUUUAGGCGUUUCAGAUGAAGAUUAUUAUACUAGUAUCAUAGAACUACUUUCAACUCAAAAAUCUGAUAUUGAACUUCAAGAUGAAGUAAGCAUUUUAAUGGUUUAUAUAUAA